AUGUGUGUGUAUCAAAUGUACAGAAAAAAGGAAUCUAUUGAAGAAUUGUUAUCGACCUCAGAGAUUACAAGUGAUAGCGGUGAGUUAAAAGCAAGAAUCUCUGUUAUUCUGGCGUUGUGUGGUUGGGAUUAUUAUAAUAACAACAAAACAACAGUCGAAGAUAGAAAGAAAGUAGUUUUUGAGAGUUUAUUAAGUAGAUCGAUAUCAUCUUGGAGUGGCAGUAGUAGUUUCAUUAGUUUUAAAAAUAUAAUUAAUCCACAGUCAACCACAAACACAAACACAACACCAUUAUUAUCGACAUCAACAUCAACAUCGAAUAUACAACCAGUUUCAUCGUCAUCAACCAUUGUUGAUGCACAAUCUAGUAAUAAUAACAAUAGUAAUCAAAAUGAACAUAGGUGGUUCUGUCCAUGGGUUAACGAUUCCAAAGAUGAAAUCAAUGACAAUAUUAAUGAUAACAAUAGUAGUAGUGGUGUUGGUAGUGGUAACACAAACAAUUCUUCAUCUUCCACAUCCAACACACCAACAGCAACGACAUCAGCAACAUCAACCACAUCAAACAACUAUCAAACAUCGUCACAACACACAACAACAACUUCAAUUAAAUCAUCAGCAUCAGGCUGGGAGAAUCUCUUGAGUAUCGUUGUUCACAAUCAAUUCAUUCCAAAGAGCAGUUUUAGUGCUAAACUAAAUAGAAAAUUGAUUCUACCUACAACCACUACUAACAAAGUCAUCACAAACAACAAUAGUAAUCAUGUUAACUCGAAUACCUUAACAAUAUAA